AUGGGAAAUAGUUAGGCAAAGAGAAGAUAAAUUAAACUUAGUAGUAUUAAUGGUAGAAUAUCUAAGUAGGAUCGGCAGAAUCUGAAGGAUGCAUUUGAUCGUAUCUAAGAUAGACAGGUUAUAAAUGAUUACCAAUUUCGUUUAGAAGUUCUUGGCCCUUAAGUUCAUGAGAGCGUCGCCUUGAAAAUAAUGCAGCUUUUUACUUCAGAAGAUUAGAUACCAGAAGUUUUGAACUUUGAUGAUUUGCUAGCGUGCUAUAUCGUAUUCAAGUAUGGAAGGCCGGAAGAGAUGGGGUAAAUCUGCUUUGAAUUGAUGAAAAUUAACUCACCGUCAGAUAUCCUUGCCAGAGAGCAUAUAGUCUCAUUUGUUGAGAAAUUAGUAGAUAUUAAUGAACAGCAAAUUCAGACCUUUUAUGCAAAGACCGAAUUCGACCCAAGACUUCCAAUAAAGCGAGAGGAAUUUGUUUCUGCUUUUAAAAAAGUUUAAAACUUGCCUUUAUUCACCUGGGUCAAGUAAAUGAUCGAUGGAUACUCUAAAGAAAAUAUGAACAUGGAUGACUCAAUUGCCAAGGCAAGUGAUUUUUCAAAAAAGCUGACUGUGCUAUCAAAUGAAAGAUCAAGAACUGAAACUGAAAAUCUAGGUUUUGACACAACUGAAUUCGACAGCAUGCAGGAGUUUUUUAAUAAGGAACUAAAAAAAAGUGAUGCAAAGGAAGUACUAAAAACUAUCUAGCAGAUGUUCAAAGAUAUAAGAGUUGGAAAACUUAAGAGAAAGGGAAUGAGAGAUUUUUCUGAUAUAUUUAAACUUGGUCAGAAUUUUUUCGCUCCUAGAGGGACUACAAUGACAUAAUAAGAUUUUAUUGAUGAUAUUCUUCCUUUAAACUUAGACUUUUCUAUCUAUGAAAAAUCAAAGUACAUAUUAACAGCAAUGAUGGGUCUCCAUCCUUAAGAUAUAGAAACCGAAAGAGAAUCUAUACUUAGUGCUCUAAAUAAUAACCAUAGUCUUGAAGGCUAUAUUCAGGAUCAUUUAGAAGAGGAAGAUACAUUUUAUAUUGUUGAUAAACUGUUCUAUGAAGCCUGGACAAUGAAUGUUGGCUUCGUGGAUGAUAAAUCUUACAUCAUUAAGAAAGAAAAAAUAGAUGUAAUAGAUAAUCUAAGUUUGCUUGAACCUCUUCAUGAAAAUAGACUUAAAGAUAUAUCAUAUGGUGAUGGUUUUAUUUUAGUUCCGAGAUAUGUAUUUUAUCCUUUAUCAAAAUGGUAUAAAUGCACUAAAGUCAUUGAAAGGAAAGUCAUCAGUUACAAAUCUGACAAGAAAAAGUCACUGAACCUUUUCAAAUAAAGAAAGUCCGUUACUGGUACAAUGAUUAUUGCUGGGUCCUCUUAGUAAGUUCCAGAUCCCUUCUUCAAAACCCUAGGUGAUAUCACAUUUGAGUUGGAGGUAUACCCUAAGUUUAUGUAUUAUGAGAAGAUCAAUGAUAAAGGCGAGAGACCUCAUUAAAAGGCUGUAGUUAAUCAUAAGAUUGACCCAAAUUAUCUUAAAAAGGUUUUAAAGCAGGAUAAAUUACCAUUUUAAGAGCUAUUGAUAUCAAGAAAGAAAACCUUUGAGGAAGUCUUGAGAGAAAUUUCUGUCACAUAUAAAGAAAAUUUCAAGCGAGGAAGAUUAUGGAUUGAAGAUUAAGUUAUCAGUGGAGCUAAACUUGAAACAACUCUUGAGGAGUUCGGAAUAACUAUGGGAUAGUUGAUAUAUGUAGAAUAUUCAAAUAAUAAUAACUAAUGGCCAACUGAUAAACUAAAUGCAGGCCCUGCUUCUGGAAGUAUGGCUGCAACUAUGAAUAAAUCAGGCACACCAAAUGAAAUGCUUCUAAAUAGAUAAAAUGAAAAUUUGAAAACUGUCGGACUUUACAAUCUUGGAAAUAGUAAUAUUUUACUCUUUACAUUUUUAGCUUGCUAUAUGAAUUCAGCUCUUUAAUGUUUAGCUAACACAAAGUUCUUUUAUGAAUAUUUCAUCUAAGAGAGAAAAUACUUGAAGCAAAUGAAUUUAAAAAGCAAACAUGGUCAUUAAGGAGAGCUUGCGUCUAAUUUUGCCUUGCUUCUUCAAAAAAUGUAUCAAUAAAAUGGUAGAGUAGUAAUACCAAGAGAGUUCAAAUAAGCAUUAGCAUCUAUAAGUGAAUAAUUUGCAGGAUAUGACCAGUAGGAUUCCUAAGAAUUCUUAUUUUUCCUUCUUGAUGGUCUGCAUGAGGAGUUGAAUUUAAGAUAGGAAAAGCCUUAUGUAGAAAACCCAGAUAGUGAUGACAGAAAAAUUGUUGAACUGGGACUAGAGCAAUGGUCAAAUACACUUAGAAGAGAUUGGUCAUUUAUUUUCUUCUUGUUCUACGGAUAACUUAAAAGUACUUUAAAUUGCUAGAAAUGCAACAAAAUAUCAACAACUUUUGAUAUCUUCACUAAUAUUCCACUUUCAUUGCCAGAACCUUCUAAAAUUCUUUUAAAUGUUGUAAUCUACAGACUACCAAAUGAAAUUAAGGAUAUGUUACAAGGAAGUAGAAGCAGUGAGAUAUUUAAGCGCAUGGAUUCAAAUAAAUCUGAGGAUUUUAAUAGAAACACUACAAUCCUGGAGAGAAAUCCCUCAAAGAUUUCAAAGAUAUAAGAAUCAUUGAAAUACAUUACAAAUGAUCAACCUAUUCAUAUUGCGAUUAGAGUUGAGAGGGAUGCAAAAAUUGCUACGAUAAUUUAGCAAAUUUGUGAUAUCAAGGAAGUUAACAUUGACCCAAGCUAGAGAACGUCGAGUUUGGUAUUAUUUUCUUAAACUAAGGGAAUACUCAGAGGAAUUUUCAAUCCAGAGUAAAAGUUACUAAAUUACAAUCUUCUUAAUAACGAAAUUGAGGCUAUUGAAGUGCUGAAUUCCAGAGGAAGAGAUGUGAUUAGACAAUUCUAUAGAUCUAAUGAUAGUAUGCUUGAUAUGAUGAAGACUCCCCAUCUGUCUUGUCUGCUAAAUACAACUGAAAAGUCUUUUGAAACUAGCACUACAUAAAGCUCUUCUACAAAUAAGAAAAAUAAAGGUGCAAGAAGUUAAAAGGAACAACCAAAAGAGCAAGUAAAGAAAUAUGAUAAAUGCACAUUCUUCAACAACUAUUUUCAUAUCCAGGAUAAGUAUCAAGAAUAUGUAGAUAGGGGCAUGGUUCCUGAGGAGAUAUAUGUAGCAUGCUAUAAUAGAAGAUUUGUAAAGAAGGCUUAUUACUUUUUCAAUCCAUAUUAGCCUUAGCUAAUAGCAAGCCCUUUCAUCUUUAUCUUGCCUGCAAAACCAACAGGUAGAAGAAUAUACGAAGAAAUCUGGGCAGUUGCAUAAAAUAUUCUGAAGAAAAGCUCAAUCUACCAUCAUAAGAAAAACUUAUGGUGGGAGCAAAAGAAUUGGGAAGAAAAACUUAAUUUCAAACCAGAUGAAAUAUAAUAAUACAAACCCUUUGUCUUGAAAACUGUUGAGAGGUCUGAGGACUUUCCAAGGCUUUGCCAUUUAGCAAUAGAAUGGCAUUCUUCUAUUAUAGAGGAGGAUUAUAAUCCUGCUGCAAAUGAGGUUAUUCAUCACUCCUCAACCUAAGACAAGGAAAUAAUUGACGAAGAUUUCGUAAAUCUUGAAGAUUGCUUAAGGAAAUUCCACGAGGUUGAAGAGAUUAGUGAGAAAGAUAAUAUCUACUGCAGUAGUUGUAAGGAACCAUAAGCUCACUUGAAGAAAUUAGAAAUCUUUAGACCACCACCAAUCUUGAUCGUACAGCUCAAGCGUUUUAAGUACAGCAAUACUUCAAGAAAUAAGCUAAAUACUUUGGUUGAGUUCCCACUUUACAAUUUAGAUGUAAGCACUUUUGUCACAGAUUAGGAAUUCCUCAAAAGCUAAGAUAUUGAGCAGAAGUAUGACUUAUAUGCAAUGAUCAACCAUUAUGGAAAUCUUUCCUUUGGACAUUACAUAAGUUUGACAAAGAAUUUCAAUGACGGUAAAUGGUAUAAAUACGACGACUCAGCAAGAAGUUAGAUUCCAGAAGAAUAGAUAUAAAAGGAUUUCGCCUAUAUCUUAUUUUACAUAAGAAAAGAUCUUCAAAACAAAAAUCUCUAGCAGAUUUUACCCAGUAUCAAGGAGCUAUUCCCAGGCAAGCCAAUUAAAACAGAACAUGGACAGGGUUUCAUAAUACAGGAAGAAGAAACAAGUAAAUUCAAAAUUCAGUUUGAGAAGGGAAAAGACACAAUGAUUGUCACUAAGGACCUGAUCAUGGAUGAAAAAGACGACAAUGAAUUGGUGUUCGAUGCAAAGGAAUUGGAAUAGAUCAAUAUACAGAAGAAAGAGAAACUAAUAGAGAGGUAGAAGCAGAAAAAGAAGAGAAGUUGUCUUUUCUGCUAGUCCUUCUAACUCGCUUAUGGGCAAAUAGAGAAUAAUAAGAGAUAGGCAGGCAAAAACCCCAAGAAGAGAAAUCUAAAGUGGAACAUGAUCAACAAUAGAGGAGCCAACUAGUGCUUUAUUUUCUGA